AUGCAUACAAUUCUGUAUUAUUCCCGUGUCACUUUUCUAUUCUAUUAUAAUGGUGUUCCUCUCUCUUAUGUUAUUGAAACUAGGAAAGAGCUCGGGCUUCUUCAGAAGCUGUACGGCCUCUACGAUGCGGUUAUGAAUAAGAUCAGCGGCUAUUACGAAAUCCUCUGGACCGAAGUGGAUAUUGAAAAGAUCAACACGGAGCUUUCAGAAUUCCAAACCAGAUGCCGAAAGCUCCCCAAAGGACUGAGAGACUGGCAGGCGUUUUUAGAUCUGAAGAAAAGGAUCGAUGACUUCAGCGAGUCGUGCCCUCUCCUGGAGAUGAUGGCUCACAGAGCGAUGAAGCAGAGACACUGGGAACGCAUCGCUGACCUGACGCAGCACAAGUUUCACGUGGAUUCGGACACGUUCUGCCUUCAAAACAUAAUGGAGGCCCCACUGCUGAAACACAAAGAAGACAUAGAGGACAUCUGCAUCUCAGCAGUAAAGGAGAAGGAUAUCGAGGCCAAGCUGGCACAGGUGGUUGAUUUAUGGUACAGUCAGUUGCUCACAUUUAUGGCUUUUAAAGGCAGAGGAGAGCUGAUGCUUAAAGGAGCUGAGACGGCAGAAAUCAUCACUGCCAUGGAGGACAGUCUGAUGGUGCUUGGAUCACUUCUAAGCAACAGAUACAACACUCCUUUUAAGAAAGACAUCCAGAACUGGGUUUUUAAGCUCUCCACAUCAUCAGACAUCAUCGAGCAGUGGCUGCUUGUUCAGAACCUGUGGGUGUACCUGGAGGCCGUGUUUGUGGGUGGAGACAUUGCCAAGCAGCUUCCACAGGAAGCGAAGCGCUUCCAGAACAUCGAUAAAUUAUGGAUAAAGAUCAUGCAGAGAGCCCAUGAGAUCCCCAGUGUGGUGCAGUGCUGCGUGGGAGAUGAGACCAUGAGCCAGCUUCUACCUCACCUGCAGGAGCAGCUUGAACUCUGCCAGAAAUCUCUCACAGGCUACCUGGAAAAGAAACGACUGCAGUUCCCCCGCUUUUUCUUUGUGUCCGAUCCUGCUUUACUGGAAAUCCUCGGACAAGCCAGUGACUCUCACACCAUCCAGGCUCAUCUCCUGGGAGUGUUCGACAACGUCAGUGAGGUGGAGUUUCAUGUCAAGGACUACGACAAGAUUUUGGCGGUGAUCUCUCAGGAGGGCGAGAAAGUACCCCUGGACAAACCAGUAAUGGCGCGCGGUCCUGUGGAACUCUGGUUGGGAGAGUUACUGGUGCAACAGCAAGCCUCACUGCACUCAGUCAUAAAAGCAGCUCAGCUGCAGAUUAAUGAGCCCGACUUCCAGCUCCUCACCUUCCUUAACCAGGUCCAAGCUCAGGUGGGCCUGCUGGGCAUUCAGAUGCUCUGGACUCGAGACUCAGAGGAGGCACUGCAGAAUGCCAAGAAGGACAAGAGGGUCAUGUCUGUGACAAACCAGAAGUUUCUGGAUCUGCUGAACACGCUGAUAGCACAGACGACUCACGACUUGUCCAAGUUCGAGCGUGUUAAGUUUGAGACGCUGGUUACAAUCCACGUCCAUCAGAGAGACAUUUUUAAUGAUUUGGUGAAAAUGAACAUCAGGUCCCUCGGUGACUUUGAAUGGCUGAAGCAGAGCAGAUUUUAUUUCCGGGAGGAUCAGGAUCACGUCGCAGUGUCGAUCACGGACGUCGACUUCAUCUAUCAGAACGAGUUUUUAGGCUGCACGGACAGGCUGGUCAUCACUCCUCUUACAGACAGGUGUUACAUUACCUUAGCUCAGGCGUUAGGUAUGAGUAUGGGCGGAGCUCCUGCUGGUCCGGCUGGGACGGGCAAAACCGAAACCACCAAAGACAUGGGCCGCUGCCUGGGGAAGUACGUCGUGGUCUUUAACUGCUCCGACCAGAUGGACUUCAGAGGACUGGGCAGGAUUUAUAAAGGUCUGGCUCAGUCUGGGUCCUGGGGAUGCUUCGAUGAGUUUAACAGGAUCGACCUGCCCGUGCUGUCGGUCGCUGCACAGCAGAUCCACAUCGUCCUGAGCGCUCGCAAAGAGCGCAAAGCUCAGUUCCUCUUCACCGACGGAGACUGUGUGGAUCUGAACCCCGAAUUCGGACUCUUUAUUACCAUGAACCCGGGCUACGCCGGUCGCCAGGAACUGCCCGAAAAUCUAAAGGUGCAGUUCAGGACCGUUUCUAUGAUGGUUCCUGACAGACAGAUCAUCAUGAGAGUCAAACUGGCCAGCUGUGGUUUCAUCGAGAACGUUAUACUGGCUCAGAAGUUCUUUGUGCUUUAUAAACUGUGUGAGGAGCAGCUCACGAAGCAGGUUCACUAUGAUUUUGGGUUGAGGAACAUUCUGUCGGUUUUGAGGACUCUGGGAGCUGAGAAACGGGCUCGACCCUCAGACUCUGAGUCCAGCAUCGUGAUGAGGGUUCUGCGUGACAUGAACCUCUCCAAACUGGUGGAUGAAGACGAGCCUCUGUUUCUCAGUCUGAUCAGUGACCUGUUUCCUGGGAUUCAGCUGGAUAACAGCACCUACGCUGAGCUGCAGGCUGCAGUCGCCACACAAGUGCAACAAGCAGGAAUCGUUAAUCACCCGCCGUGGAACCUCAAGCUCAUACAGUUAUACGAGGCGUCGCGGGUGCGUCACGGCCUGAUGACCCUCGGCCCGAGCGGAGCCGGAAAGACGACCGCCAUUAACAUCCUCAUGCGCGCCAUGACAGAGUGCGGCGCUGCUCACAGAGAGAUGAGGAUGAACCCCAAAGCCAUCACCGCGCCCCAGAUGUUCGGCCGUCUGGACGCCGCUACCAACGACUGGACCGACGGGAUCUUCUCCACCCUGUGGAGGAAAACUCUCAGAACUAAAAAGGGAGAAAACAUCUGGAUUGUGCUGGAUGGGCCAGUAGACGCCAUCUGGAUCGAGAACCUGAACUCGGUGCUGGACGACAACAAAACUCUGACCCUGGCGAACGGUGACCGGAUCCCUAUGUCCCCGAGCUGUAAGCUGGUGUUUGAGGUGCACAACAUGGACAAUGCUUCUCCCGCUACCGUCUCCAGAGUGGGCAUGGUGUUCAUGAGCUCCUCCGCUCUCAGCUGGAGACCCAUUCUGCAGGGCUGGACCAACAAGCGCAGUGCUCAGGAAGCUGACAGCCUGAUGAGCCUGUAUGAUAAGAUAUUUGAAGAUGCUUAUAUAUUCAUGAAACAAAACCUCAAGCCAAAAAUGCAGCUCUUGGAGUGCAACUACGUUAUGCAGUCGGUAAACCUGCUGGAGGGUCUGAUUCCUCCUAAAGAUGCUGGAGGCACGUUGAGCAGCGAGCACCUGGAGCGCCUCUUCGUGUUCUGCAUGAUGUGGAGUCUGGGAGCUCUGCUGGAACUGGAUGACCGGGACAAGAUGGAGCUGUUCGUUCGCUCUCAUGAAAGCAAGCUUGACCUGCCACCGACAGAGCCUGGCCAGACCAUGUUCGAGUACAUGGUCAAUCAGAACGGUGACUGGGAUCACUGGAGUAAAUACGUCGUGCAGUACGUCUACCCCACAGACUCGGCACCAGACUACACGUCCAUUCUCGUUCCCAACGUGGACAACACCAGAACGAGCUUCCUGAUUGAGGCCAUCGCAAAACAGCGCAAGGCUGUUCUCCUCACCGGUGAACAGGGGACUGCCAAGACGGUCAUGAUUAAGGCCUACACGAAGAAAUACAACCCUGAGAUGGAUCUGUUCAAAUCCAUGAACUUCUCCUCCGCCACGGAGCCGAUCAUGUUCCAGCGGGCAGUAGAGAGUUACAUAGAGAAGCGGCUGGGCAGCACAUACGGACCCCCCGGCAGACGGAGACUGACCGUUUUUAUUGAUGACAUCAACAUGCCUGUCGUCAAUGAAUGGGGAGAUCAGAUCACAAAUGAAAUAGUGCGUCAGACGAUGGAGAUGUCGGGCAUGUACAGUCUGGAUAAACCCGGUGAUUUCACCACCAUAACAGACGUUCAGAUGAUGGCCGCCAUGAUCCAUCCCGGCGGUGGCAGGAACGAUAUUCCUCAGAGACUGAAGAGACAGUUCACAGUGUUUAACUGCACGCUUCCGGCCAACUCCUCCAUCGACAUGAUCUUCGGAAUUAUUGGCUGUGGAUAUUUCCAUCAGUGUCGAGGAUUUACACCAGAGAUCUCUGACACUGUACAGCGUCUCGUACCCGCUUCCCGGAUUCUCUGGCAAUGGACCAAGGGGAAGAUGUUGCCCACUCCAUCAAAGUUUCACUACUUCUUCAACCUAAGAGAUCUGUCCAGGAUUUGGCAGGGCAUGCUGAAGAUCAGAGCAGAAGAGUGUGAGACAGUCGCCACCCUCCUGUCCUUGUUCAAGUGUGAAUGCACUCGAGUCAUCGCAGACCGGUUUGUGUGUGAGGAGGAUAAGCACUGGUUCGAGAAGUCUAUAGCCCAGGUCAUUCAGGAACACGUGGAUCCUGCUUUGGUGCCACACCUCCACCCCGACCCUUACUUUGUGGACUUCCUGAGAGAGGCUCCAGAGCCUACAGGAGAGGAGGCUGAUGACGCCUGUCUCGACGCUCCCAAAAUCUAUGAACUGGUGCCGGACUUCCAGUUCCUGUCGGAGAGACUGCGGUUCUAUCAGAGCCAGUAUAACGAGGCUGUUCGGGGCUCACAUCUGGACCUGGUCUUCUUUACUGAUGCCAUGACCCACCUCAUCAAGAUCUCCCGCAUCAUCAGGACCGAUGGAGGAAGCGCUCUGCUGGUGGGAGUGGGAGGGUCGGGCAAGCAAAGCCUUUCACGGCUCGCGUCGUACAUCGCCGGUUACAGGAUAUUCCAGAUUACACUCACUAGAACCUAUAACAUCAGCAACCUGAUGGAUGACCUGAAAGUGCUGUUCAGAACGGCCGGCGCUGAAGGAAAAGGCGUCACGUUCAUCUUCACGGACAACGAGAUAAAAGACGAGGCCUUCCUAGAGUACCUUAACAAUGUUUUGUCAUCUGGAGAGGUCUCGAACCUUUUUGCUCGUGAUGAACUGGACGAGAUAACACAGAAUCUCAUCCCCGUAAUGAAAAAGGAGACGCCCCGAGUGCCGCCCACCUUUGAUAAUCUGUAUGAAUACUUCAUCUCCCGGGCCAAAAAGAACCUCCAUGUGGUGCUGUGUUUUUCCCCGGUGGGGGAGAAGUUCCGCUCCCGCUCUCUGAAGUUCCCCGGACUGAUAUCCGGAUGCACCAUGGACUGGUUCACCCCGUGGCCGAGUGAAGCCCUGAUGGCCGUGUCCCAGUAUUUCCUCUCGGACUUCCACAUGGUCUGUUCGCCUGAGGUGAAGACUGCGGUGGUCCAGACUAUGGCCGUCUAUCACGACAGAGUCUCCUCCACCUGCGAGAGCUACUUUGAGAGGUACCGUACUGUACUUAGAGAUACAGCCAUGUUAGAGAACCUCAGUUUUAUAGACACUAAGUCACCCAAACUAGUAAAGAGGGUCAAGACGAGGAUCAAACCCAGGUCCUCGGGGCAUAUUUUGCUGCCUCAUCAAUCGAAUCUCACAGUGAUGACGUCUAACAUUCAUUUAAAGGGAAUUUAUUUAAUGGGUUAAGGGCCUUGUUCAAGGGCCCAACAGUGGCUGCACGACAGAGCCUGGAUUUGCAU